AUGGAGGAGAUAUUUUCACGUCUAGGAUUUCCAGAGACGCUAACCACAGAUAAUGGAAGGCAGUUUGUAAGCGCUGAGUUCAAAAGUUUUUGCGACACAAACGGCAUUAAGUUAAUGCCUACACCUCCCUACUGGCCCCAAGCCAACGGCGAAGUAGAGAACAUGAACCGUUCUCUCGUGAAACGGUUAAAGAUAGCUCAUGCAAAUAACGACAGCUACAGGAAAGAAAUCCAGAAAUUCAUGUUGAUGUACAAUGUUACACCUCAUGGUACCACAGGCGCUCCACCGACGGAGCUUAUGUUCAACAGGGUGAUUAGGGAUAAAAUCCCAGGCGUUCAGGAUCUUGUUGGCGAAAUGGCAGACUCAGAGGAAAAAGACAAAGAUCUGCGGGAAAAAGAAAAAGGGAAGCUGUUAGCAGACAAAUCCAGGAGCGCGGGAAGUAUUGACAUUCGUAUUGGAGACAAAGUACUUCUAAAGAACGUAGUGUUCCCACACAAAUUGACGCCUACAUUUGAUACGACAACCUAUGAGGUUACGAAGCGAGAAGGAAAUGUUGUCCAGAUAUUCGGGGGUGGUAAGACGUACACCAGAAACGUUGCUCACCUAAAAAAGAUAGUAGAGACUAAAUCGCCAAAGUUGACAAACCCGGUGGACGUCGACGCCGACUCCUAUCUUCCAUCUUCGAUCUCUUUACAGCCAACACCUGAAACUUUAAGGCCACAGGAACCCUCGAAGACGUUGGAUUCAAUGGCGCAGGAGGAUUCGAUGUCUAGUAAGCAGGAUAUACCAAACGAGGACCUAAGACUCCGUCUAAAGAAAAAGGAAGGGGUGUGGAGAUCUGUACCAGCGGAGAGCGGCGCUGAGGAUGACAGUAAUCUCCCACGCUCUCAGCCGUAG